CAACAAAAGCAUGCUGAAAUUUUUGUGAUCGCGCGUGUUCGUACGUAGUUAAAUUUUCCAGUUUUUUGUAAAGUUUUCCACAAAUAAAAGGCAAAAUGCUGCGUCGCCAAGCGCGUCUCCGCCGGGAGUACCUGUUCCGGAAGGCGACCGAGGGCAAACACAAGGCGCUGCAGGACAAAAAGUCCAAAAUCAAGAAAGCCCUCGAGGACCACACGCCGAUCCACGGAGACCUGAAACGGGACGCGUUGAAGCUUCAGGACAAGCUCAAGUGGGACGAUGCGGGACCGCAGCGAGCGGCCGAGAUUGGAGGGAUUAGCGGUGGGGCUAAUACGGCCAAUUCGCAGGACGACGAGUAUCGGUUCGCGGGUUGCGAGGAUCCAAAAAUUAUGAUUACGACCUCGCGCGAUCCGUCGGCCAAGUUGAAGCAGUUUGUGAAGGAGAUCAGGUUGAUCUUUCCGAACGCACAGCGCAUGAACCGCGGUAACUUUGAGAUGAAGCAGCUGAUUCACGCCUGCCGGGCGAACAACGUGACGGAUUUCAUCGUGAUUCACGAGCACCGGGGCGUUCCGGACAAUCUGAUCAUUUGCCACCUGCCGUACGGGCCGACGGCGUGCUUCAACCUUUCGGGGGUGGUGAUGCGUCACGACAUUCCGGACAUAGGGCCGAUGAGCGAGCAGAAGCCGCACCUGAUCUUCCACAACUUUAAAACGAAACUGGCCGAACGGACUAUGUCGAUCCUGAAGUACCUGUUUCCGGUGCCCAAGGAAGAGUCGAAGCGGGUGAUGACCUUCGCCAACCACGACGACUACAUCAGCUUCCGGCAUCACACGUUCAAGACGGUUGAACGCGAGCUGGUCAUGACCGAGGUGGGACCGCGCUUCCAGCUGAAGCUGUACCAGAUCAAGCUGGGCACGCUGGACGAGCUGGAGGCGGCCGACACGGAGUGGGUCUACCGGCCGUACAUGAACACCGCCGGCAAGAGACGGUUUUUGUCCGACGAAGACGGGUGGCAACAGGAUGAUGAUGUUUGAUGAAUAAAGAUUAACGUUAAAUGCUUA